AUGGAUGUGGUCAUUAGACUGUGGGGAAGGUUGACUGAAGUGACAAGAUCUUCAUUUUUCAAUAAAGGAAUCAGGCUGCUGCAGCUUAUAAUGGCGACUCCUGAAGAAGGCAGUGACCCCAGUGGCAAAGCAAUGUCCGGGCCACUGGAACAGCCACAGGAGCUUGAGCCGAGGGUGGCCCGAAGACGCCUGUCCCAGGCCCGCCACCGAGCCACUCUGGCAGGGCUCUUCAGCAACCUCAGGCAGACCGUUUACUCCCAUUCUGAUCUCACAGCCUCAAAGUGGCAGAUUCUGAAUAAGACGAAGAACCAUAUUCAGGAACUGGAACAAACCCUGGAUAAUUUGCUGAAGCUGAAAGAAUCCUUCAACCUGGAGGAUGGGAAUGCAAGCAGCUUAGAGGAGGUCAAGGAAGAAUACGCCAAUCUGUACUCUGGAAACGAGAGCCUGUUCUCAAAUGGGUUUCCUGAGAAUGGCUCCUCCCCCUGGUAUCUCAACUUUUACAAGCAGACGAUGGACCUUCUGACCGGCAACGGUAUCGUCUCCUCGCAGGAGGUGAGGCUGCCCAUCGUCUCCGCGGCCAUCUCCCACCUGUGGCAGAACCUCUCCGAGGAGAAGAAGGCCAGCCUCCUGCAGGCCUGGGCGCAGAUGCAGGCAGGGGCCGCCCAGGAGCCAGCCCGUCCCGAGGGCAGCGUGAGGGACAGCGGCGUCGACAGCCAAGGCGCCAGCUGCUCGCUGGUCUCCACGCCCGAGGAGAUCCUUUUUGAGGAUGCUUUUGAUGUGGCAAGUUUCCUGGACAAAAGUGAGGCUCCAAGUACAUCCAGCUCCAGUUCAAUGUUUGCCAGCUGCAACGCAGAAAAUCCAGAGGAAAACUUUCAGCUCUACAUGCAGAUCAUCAAUUUUUUUAAAGGACUUUGCUGUGUUAAUGCCCAGUUAAAACAGGAACCAGCCCUUCCCAUUGACGAUGAGAUGCUCAUGUUGAGGUGCAUGGAGACCUUUGAUGAUGAAGAUUUAUAA